AUGGCCGAAGUAGCAACCCCUCCCCAGCCCGGACUGGUGUCUGCACUGCCAACAAUGCUCAUGAGUUAUUUCACCACGCCGACUACGCCAACCACCGAAAACACUGCCUCGUUGGACAACAGCCGGCAUGCGGAUACAAAAGCCCACCAACAAAAUAAUUACACUAUCGAAUCACUACCAAUGCAGGACAAUACCCCCACCCCGCGAAGCCAGAGAACCAACCCAAACAGAAACUCGCUGCCCAUGAUGCUGACCGACGACGAAUAUGCCUCUCGUGAAGGCUCACUGAUGAGCUCCCACGGCGGGAAAGGGAAGCGUUCGUCUCGUCCCAAGACUUCGUACAGCAUCGCCCACGCACCACCCAAAGGCAGUGCGCGACACAAGAUCCACGUCCGCGCCAAACCCCUCCUACAAUUGCACCAGUUGUCACAGUCUGCGAGGCCCAUGCCCGCCUACGAACUUCUACCAUCCGCCAUCUUCUCUCCUUCGCUGUCGCGCGCCAUCUCGAAAGCCUUCCGUACUCGUCACGGUCUCUGCCCCGCCGACUUGGCCAUUGUCAAGGCUGAGAAGUAUCACCAACACGAAGCAUCACAUAAAGAGGAGGAUGAGUCAAGAGAUGUUCUGGCUCUUGUCUGCAAGGGCCGAAAGGGCGAAGGCAAUACGACAGCCAAGGCGAAGCUCUUCCUCGAAGAUGGAAGCGAGUGGGAAGCCUACUCUCUGCCCAACGGUGGUUACGAGUUCUUGAGUACCGAUGCACAUGGCCUGGGCAUGACUGCACGCUGGGUCCUGCGUCGUCCCAAAGCUAGACGAAGCCAAUCAGCCUCGGACAUGACGACGACUUGGGGCACUGACAGCGCCAACCAGAACAAGAAGUUCAACUUUAGCACCAUCUCUCCAAACUCUCGCCGCCAUCCCGUCAUCGCAUCACUUACAACCACAUCUCUUGACAUCAACGACUCCUAUGCUGUUCCCUCAGCUCUCGCACCCUCGCCUGAGAUCUCGGAUCUUGAGCACGAAGAAGCUGGCCAGGAAUCUGUCGCUUCGUCCGAUCCCAUCAUCACGAGUCAGUCACUCAAGACAUUGAUUACCGCUACUGCCGUCUGGGUGACUCUUCGUGAGGGCUGGUGCCCAGGCUAUCGUUACGACGAUCUCAUGCUACGAUCACCUUCUCUCAAGCUCAAUACUUCUCCCAUCAAGUCCCCCACAGACCUGUCUUCUGCUGCUACUCCCAAAGAUGAUACUCCAAGGAGAAGUGGCAGUAUCGCUCGUAUGUUCCGCUCUGCCGGUGUCAAGCGACGCUCCACGUCCUCUCAGAUCGAUGGCUCUACCUCAACUGAAGAAGUCCCCAUUUCCAGAAGCGCCAGCGCUAGACGAGCUCGCGCAGAUUCUACCAGCACCGUCUUGGUUCAUUCUAANGCGUCUCGAGGACGUCGUGCUGAUACUACCAGCACGACUGCAUCAGGCCUUGCUCACAUGGAUCUCGCACACACCGACAUGACUGAAGAGGAAGAAAGUGUCGAGACCACAGCUGCCAUGCUAGCCAAAUCCUCAAAGCACUCUUCUGCACCCACUCCAUUGAUCCCCGCACUUGAUCUGCAAGAAAGCGAUGAAGAACAUCACACUACCCGCACCGACUCGGUCAGAUCGCAGGAAACAGAGAGAAAACCUGCCGUCACCUCUGCACAGCGCCAGAAGCGCGAGAGCUCGACCACCUCGACCAAUAGCAUAGACGCCGGUAAAAUCGAAGCAAACACGCCAAACAAAACCAAGAAGAGCAGCAGAUUCCGAAAACUGUUCUGCGGUAUGGCUGGUUAG